AUUCGUUCAAAAAUGUCAAAAACUUGCUAAAACUUGUUUACCCAGUGCCGAACGUAUUAGAGUUAUUACAUUACGUUAUCAUAUUUAAUAUAGAAUUUAUAUUAUCUGUCAUACAUGGUAUAUAUUAGCAUAGAGUACAUACAUUUUAAGAGUGAACUAGUGACAUACUCAUCCAACUUUAUACAAGGUUAUUAGUUUUGUUAAGAAUUAUUAGUUUUAUUUGUAUCUUGUAUGUUAUAGUACGAAAACGUGUGCAAAGUUCCCUACAAGCAUUUAUUGCGAAUACGUUCUGCAGCCCGUAAAGUAAAUAACAAUUGCGUUGUACUGAUGUACAUAACACAACGGUAAGAUAACAUUUCGUCAUGCCUGAUAUCAAGAUUACUCCUCUUGGAGCCGGCCAGGAUGUCGGCCGCAGUUGCAUCUUACUGUCCAUGGGAGGCAAAAACAUCAUGCUGGACUGUGGCAUGCACAUGGGUUACAACGACGAGAGGCGCUUCCCAGACUUCUCGUAUAUUGUGCCUGAAGGUCCUAUCACUAGCCAAAUUGACUGUGUCAUCAUCUCACACUUCCACCUCGACCACUGCGGCGCUCUACCUUAUAUGUCUGAAAUGGUUGGCUACACAGGUCCUAUUUAUAUGACACAUCCCACCAAAGCUAUUGCUCCUAUACUACUUGAGGACAUGAGGAAAGUGGCUGUCGAGAGAAAGGGAGAGUCAAACUUUUUUACAUCCCAAAUGAUCAAGGAUUGCAUAAAGAAAGUAACUGCUGUAACUUUACACCAGUCUGUGAUGGUAGACAAUGAACUAGAGAUUAAAGCUUACUAUGCUGGCCAUGUGCUUGGAGCUGCUAUGUUUUGGAUUCGUGUUGGAUCCCAAUCAGUAGUCUACACCGGUGACUACAAUAUGACCCCUGACAGGCAUCUAGGAGCUGCCUGGAUAGAUAAAUGUAGGCCAGACCUACUCAUUACAGAAUCAACUUAUGCCACUACUAUCAGAGAUUCUAAGCGCUGCAGAGAAAGAGACUUCCUGAAGAAAGUACAUGAAUGUGUGGAAAAAGGUGGAAAAGUUCUUAUUCCAGUGUUUGCUCUAGGGAGAGCUCAAGAGCUCUGUAUUCUGUUAGAAACAUACUGGGAAAGAAUGAAUUUAAAAUAUCCAGUAUAUUUUGCACUUGGUUUAACAGAGAAAGCAAACAACUAUUACAAGAUGUUUAUAACUUGGACAAAUCAGAAAAUCAGGAAGACAUUUGUUCAAAGAAACAUGUUUGAUUUUAAGCACAUCAAACCUUUUGAUAAGUCCUACAUUGAUAAUCCUGGAGCCAUGGUUGUAUUUGCUACCCCUGGAAUGUUGCAUGCUGGUUUGUCCUUAAAUAUAUUCAAAAAGUGGGCACCUUAUGAACAAAACAUGGUAAUAAUGCCAGGCUUUUGUGUACAAGGCACAGUUGGUCACAAGAUUCUUAAUGGUGCUAAAAAGGUUGAAUUUGAGAACCGCCAAGUGGUGGAAGUGAAAAUGGCUGUGGAAUACAUGUCAUUCUCAGCUCAUGCAGAUGCCAAAGGAAUCAUGCAGCUGAUACAGUACUGUGAGCCAAAGAAUGUUUUGUUGGUUCAUGGUGAAGCUCAGAAAAUGGAGUUUUUGAAAGAUAAAAUCGAGAAAGAGUUUAAGAUUAAUUGUUAUAUGCCUGCCAAUGGUGAGACAUGUACUAUAAAUACACCAACUAAGAUUCCAAUAGAUGUUUCUUUAAGAUUGUUAAAGGCAGAGGCUGUACGCUACAAUGCACAACCUCCAGACCCUAAGAGACGGCGUGUAGUUAAUGGAAUAUUGUGUGUACGGGAUAACAGACUAUCUCUUCUUGAUAUUGAUGAGAUGUGUGAUGAGAUUGGUAUCAAUAGACAUAUAAUUAGAUUCACAAGUACAGUCCGCUUUGAAGAUCCUGGUCCAGCUGUUAAAACUGCAGAGAAAUUGAAAACUUUGCUAUCAGAGAAGUUGGAGGGAUGGACUAUUACAAUUUCAGAGGCCAACAUAUCUGUUGAAUCAGUACUUAUCAAAGUAGAAGGUGAAGAGGACAGUACCAAAAAUAUAUAUGUUUCCUGGACCAACCAGGACGAGGAUCUAGGUAGUUACAUACUAGGUUUACUUCAAUCAAUGGUCCAAUAAAAAUAUAAUUGUAGAUUCAUUAUUGUGUAAUUUUGUAAUUGUAAUAAAAUAGUUAUUAU